GAGAGAAUCACGCAACGCGCCCAGGGAAGCAUCAACCUGACCAAGUGGCAGUUGGAUGCACUGAAGAGUCUCUGAAAUAAUUAAAUAUGGAGGGUAUUCAUCAACUCCCUCAGGUCUUUUCUUGUCAACAAACUCUCAUCAGGCUGUGCGCUUUAACCGUCCGCCCCUUAAAGCUUCCACGAUACAUUCGAAACCAGACCGACCCGAGUUACCCAACUCCUGAACUCUGUCACUAGUCGCAUUCCAUCGAUCUCAUCCAUUUAUCACAUUUAUCGCCCGGCGAGAAAUAUGUCUGAGCUUGGGUUUCACGAAUUGGCUUCCCCGCGGGACGCAAAACUCGACAUUGUCUUUGUCCAUGGCCUGUGCGAGAACAGAAUCAGCACCUGGUGUUCGGAUAACGGCCUUCUCUGGCCACAGAAGCUCCUCAGCCACGACAUAUCGGAUGCUCGGAUCCUCACCUUUGGUUAUGAUGCCGAUGUCACCAAGUUCAACCUCGACGAUGAACUCGCCGAUGGUAGGAUCAAGACUCAAGCAGCCGAUCUCUGUGAACGUCUUUCUGGGUUCCGAGCCAGGACACAAUCCGCAGAUCGGCCCCUAAUAUUUGUGGCCCACAGCCUCGGUGGCUUGGUCUGCGCGCAGUUGGCCGUCAAGGGCACACUCGGGGCCGGGUCCGACAACGCCACCGUUAUUGCUAGCAAUACUCGCGGCAUGGUCUUUCUCGGAACACCAUUCCAUGGCUCAGCCAUAGCCCCGUUGGCCGGUGUCUUCGGUGGGGUGUAUCACAGAUCUCAGACCCAAAGGGUAAAAGACCUCGAACAGAAAUCCGAGAAACUGCGAAGAUUGGCCGAACCGUUCGCAUCAGUUCUCCAGCAGCGCAUGAGGAAUAGGAGUGAGCUCCAGGUAGCCUUUUUUCAUGAGACGAAGAAAGUGCACGGCGCGAUGGUUGUACCCGAGCUGGACUCCCGGAUUACCGGGUUCGGUGACUUCGCCCCCAUCAACGCGGACCACUUCACCAUGUGCAAGUUCAACCACCCGGCCGACCCUGGAUACCAGAGUGUGGUAUCUGUAAUCAAGAAAAUGGUAGCGGAUAUAGACAACGGGACGAAGGACACUGGUAUGAGCCACCAGUACGUCAAUACUUUCCUCGGAACCAUCAAGAACCAAGUGCUUGGUAAGCAAAUCAUCCACGGCGGUAUGAACUUCGCUUGAUGGCGGUGCUGGAGUGGAGUUUGUCCCAUUAGGUUGUUUGUGUAUGAUGUUAGAAGGUUGUUUUGUACGAGAAUACCCGCCCUGAAUUCGAGGAUUAUCCAUAGCUCGGAUAGGCAAAGGAACGAACAACGGA